CCGGCCGCGAAAGGCGACUUCUCGGCUGGGUUUUUCUCCGGCGGCCGCCCGACGCACUCCGCUCAUUCCCAGGGUUACUCAGUCUUCUUUCAUCUCAGCUGUGACGACAUGAGCAACAAAGAAGGAGCAGGAGGGUUCAGGAAAAGGAAGCAUGACAAUUUUCCACAUAACCAGAGGAGAGAAGGGAAGGAUGUGAAUUCAUCUUCACCCGUGAUGUUGGCCUUCAAAUCAUUUCAGCAGGAACUUGAUGCAAGGCAUGACAGAUAUGAAAGACUUGUGAAACUAAGUCGGGAUAUAACUGUUGAAAGUAAAAGGACAAUUUUUCUUCUUCACAGGAUUACAAGUGAGCCUGAUAUGGAAGAAAUUCUAACUGAAUCAGAAAUUAAAUUGGAUGGUGUCAGACAGAAGAUAUUUCAGGUUGCUCAGGAACUUUCAGGAGAAGACAUGCAUCAAUUCCAUAGAGCCAUUACUAUGGGACUACAGGAAUAUGUGGAGGCUGUCUCUUUUCAACACUUCAUCAAAACACGAUCAUUGAUUAAUAUGGAUGAAAUUAAUAAGCAGUUGAUAUUUACAGUAGAAGAUAAUGGGAAAGAAAAUAAGACUGCCGCUGAUGCACAGAAUAAACCAUGUGGUACAUGGAGACUGAAAAUCACACCUGUUGAUUACCUUCUGGGAGUGGCCGAUUUGACUGGAGAGUUGAUGCGGAUGUGCAUUAACAGUGUGGGAAAUGGGGACAUCGACACCCCCUUUGAAGUGAGCCAGUUUUUGCGUCAGGUGUAUGAUGGGUUUUCAUUUAUUGGCAACACUGGACCUUAUGAGGUCUCUAAGAAGCUGUAUACCUUAAAACAAAGUUUGGCUAAAGUAGAGAAUGCUUGUUAUGCCUUGAAAGUCAGAGGUUCAGAAAUUCCAAAACAUAUGCUUGCAGAUGUUUUUUCAGUUAAAUCAGAAAUUAUUGAUCAAGAAGAGGGCAUUUCUUAGAACAAUAUUAUUCAGCUAUUCUCUUGAAUGCUAGGAGAGACCAGCUUGUAUGACUGUUAAAAUUUAGGAGGACUUUGUAAUUUGUCAUUUUAAAUAAGUGAUUGUCAAACAAAAAAUAACAAAGCCUUGUUUAAGGAUGUUCCAAUUUUACUAUUUGUUGUACAUUAGUCUUUACAUUUAUCAGUUUCUGCCAGAUAUCCAGACAUUACUCUUUCCAUUUACCAGUUUUUCCUUAGAUUACUUUAGUUCUUUAAGUUGUGUAAAAGUUGUAUAUAAAAUUGUUAAAAUGAGUCAUGUCAUAUCUAACUCAUGAAAGUCUGAAUACAAGUAUUUGCAGUAUUUAAAAUUUGGCUGGUUUACUUUUAUCAUUAUGUUGGUAGUGUGAACAUGUUUCUUUGUGCACUUUCUGCAUACUGAAUUUACUUUGUGUGAAUUUUGGAGUGGUAAUAUUUAGUAGAAGCAAUUAUAAUUUAAUGGUGAUUUUGUUAUGUGAAGAAAGCAUUUAGUAGAAGCAAUUAUAAUUUAAUGGUGAUUUUGUUAUGUGAAGAAAGCAUGUAUCAGACUUCCUGUUUAAAUUUCACGAUUAUGGGGCUGGAGUGAUAGCACAGCGGGUAGGGCGUUUGCCUUGCACGCGGCCAACCCGGGUUUGAUUCCCAGCAUCCCAUAUGGUCCCCUGAGCACCGCCAGGGGUAAUUUCUGAGUGCAAAGCCAGGAGUAACCCCUGAGUAUCGCCAGGUGUGACCCAAAAAAAGCAAAAAAAUAAAAAUAAAUAAAUUUCACAGUUAUAUUGUGCCAAGCCUUCAAAAUGAGCUUAUUUCAUGAAAUAAGAAUAAAAUUGAAUAAUCAAAUAUACUUUCAUUUAUUAGGUGCUAAAAAGUUCAUUUAUUAUGCUGCUAUUAGGCCAUUUGAGUCCAUAUGAAACAGACUUCCAGAAAAUUUGCCAGAUAUCCAGACAUUAGUCUUUACAUUUAAUUUUUGUCUUUUCACAGAAAAUUGAUAAAGAAUAUUACCACUGUAAUAGUUUCAUUGAUAUAUAAGUUGAAUUAUAUGCUUACACAUACAACUGAAAAGCUUGUAGUAGUGGUUAACUUUUGUUAUUAUAUCACACUAAACGUGUUUGGAGACUUUUUUAUUCUAGCAUUAGAAUUGUGAAAUUAGACAUGAAUAAUUACAAUUAAGUUUUGAAAUUUUUGAACUGCUAAGUUAACUCAAACCUUUAUACUUGUCCAGUUGUGUUAAAUGAGAGUGUAAAAAGUUGCCAAAGAAAAUUUAUCAUGUAAAAUUCAGCAAUAAGACAAUUGUCAACAUGGUUGGGGAUAACAAUGCUAGUGUCUAGUAAUAUUUAGAGUUAGAACUUAUCUAUUGGAAUUAGUUCUAGAUUAUUCCAUGUGAUGUUAAACUGAUGUAAGCAUGACACUGUUGGCUGACAUAGAUAUUUCCAUUUGUUUUGUGAGUUUUGAAAAUCUAAAUACUGGAUUUUAUUUUUGGAAAAAUUAUCUGCUCUGUUUACAAGAGCUGACCCUUUGAAAGUGUAAUAAAAAAAAAACCAAAAAGAAAAUAAAACAUAGACAUGCCUAAUAAAUUAGUUUUGUUU